GACCGCUUCUGUACAAAUCAAUUCAGUCUUAUUGUAUUCAAACCGAAAUAAGGCUAGUAAAAUGAAGGUUGCCGCAAUUUUAGUUGUACUAACGUUGGCUCUGGUUCAUUCCAGUCCGAUAUUCCAAGAAAAACGAGAUUUCACUGCCGAGAAUGAUGGGGAGUUGAAUGAUAAAUUUCAAGGGGACAUUAUUUUAACGAAAGAACAAGAAGAGCAACUAUUCGGAUUGAAGCGAACCGGACUUGUAAAUGAAAAUUAUCGAUGGCCAAACAACACGGUUGUAUACGAAAUUAGUUCGGAAUUCGAACAGGAUCGUGUAGAGUCCAUCGAGUUGGGCCUGGCACGUAUCGAAGAGGUGACAUGCAUACGAUUCGUCAAACGAACAGACGAAGUAAAUUAUGUGUUCGUGACGGCCAACAAUGCUGGUUGCUCGUCUAAUGUGGGAUUCUUGAACAAUGGCAUGCAACGGUUAAAUCUAGAACCGGGCGAUUUUUGCUUUAGAAUUGGAACAAUUAUUCAUGAAUUUUUGCACACGUUGGGUUUCUAUCAUAUGCACAGCGCCACUGAACGGGACGAUUAUGUCACUAUAAUGUGGGAUAACAUUCAACCCGGUACUGAGUCUAACUUUAAUACAUAUGGAGCCGAUCGUAUAACCAACUUUGGUGUGGAAUAUGACAUUUUGAGUGUGAUGCAUUACAACGCUUACAGUGCCACUAGGAAUGGUUUCGCAACCAUUGUGCCACAUGAUAUAUCAUUGAUCGAUGAAAUGGGACAACGAACGGGACUAAGUCCGAAAGACAUUGCCAGAAUAAAUAGAAUGUAUUAUUGUGAAGUAGUGUGAGCUAAAUUCAAUAAAAACGCAUGCAACUAAACACA